CCUCCUCCUCCCCCUCCGGCAGCAAAUGGGAGCUGUCCCCUCGACGCCGCGGAGCGGCGCCGCCACAGCCCGGCCGCCGCGGGAGACGGCGGAGUACCUGAUCGGGACGCUCGUCGGCGAGAAGUCGUUCCCGCUGGGCUCCGACUUCUGGCAGAAGCUUCUGGAGCUCCCGCUCGAUCUCAGGUGGCCUGCUCAGCGCGUCAAUCAAGCUUGCGAGCUCUUGGCGCAAAACAAUUGCUAUACCAGGCAUCUGGCGAAGAUUUUGAUUCAUCUGGCAUGGUGUUUGCAAGAGCGUACAUCCACUUCUGGAAUAACGUCCUCAGUUUCUCUAAAGGCCACCAAUGUGCUGUUCAUUUCAUCAGUUUUCUUGAAACACUUGAUUGAAAAUGCUAAAAGUGACAAUCUUGAGGAGCUUUGUCUAUCACUUGAUGAAAGUGAACCUAUUCCAUUGCAAUUUACCAGAGAUCAAAACAUAGAAAGUCUUGUCAUGCAUAGUGUGCUCAGUUUCAUUGGCUCAGUGGAUGUAAGUCCCAGCACAUACCUCUUACACCAGGAGCUGCUAAGGUUCAUGCUGGCUGCAAUGUCAACUCAACUUCUUGCCGGACCGUCUCCAGGACCAAAAGAUGCAAACCCAUUCAUUGACGCAGCAAUGGCUCAGGAAAAAUCUUUAGUUUCAUUGGUGGUCCAAAGACUGCUACUCAACUACAUGAUAUGGCCACGUGUUCCCUUUGGUGGAGCAUCUUAUCCAACAUCUGAUGAUAGCCAGGCUGGCGUUCUUCAGAGGGUUGGCUCUGCAGCUGCAAACAUUGUCCUGUUUCCAUUUAGCUAUUUGGUCCCUUCAAGGGAUGAGGUACCAAGAAGCCCUUUGGCAGAAUGUAGUCUCCUUGUGCUCCUUGUUCUCAUCCAUUACCGUAAAUGCCUUCUGGUUGACGAGUCCGUAACAGACAGAAGUGAUGACAGUGCCACGACUGAUACUCUGUCAAAGGAAAAUACGUAUUUAUGCGACAACCCUUAUUGCAAGGCCUUAGAAAAUGCAAGAGAUGUGGAAUUUGACCGCUCAGUGGAUGUCGAGGGAAAUGCAUUCAAUGGUCCGCUCGUGAGGAUUCCAUUUGCUUCUCUGUUUGACACUCUUGGGAUGUGCUUGGCUGAUGAGACUGCUGUUCUCUUGCUAUACUCACUGGUUCAAGGGAAUUCCGGCUUUCUGGAAUAUGUUUUGGUGCGAACGGAUAUUGAUACACUGUUGAUGCCCAUCCUGGAGACAUUAUAUAAUGCUUCAAGGAGGAGCUCCAAUCAUAUCUACAUGCUUCUGAUCAUACUCCUCAUACUCAGUCAGGACUCUUCUUUUAAUGCCAGCAUUCACAAACUGAUACUGCCAAGUGUUUCAUGGUACCAGGAACGCCGCCUUCAUCAGACAUCUCUUGGUUCCUUAAUGGUCAUUAUUCUCAUAAGGACAGUAAAGUACAAUCUAUCAAAGCUGCGGGAUGUUUAUUUGCAUACAAACUGCCUAGCUACAUUGGCAAACAUGGCUCCUCAUUGUCAUCGAUUGAGUGCAUAUGCAUCGGAGCGUCUGAUCAGCCUUUUUGAUAUGCUCUCAAGAAAGUAUAAUAAAUUGGCAGAACAACGAGAUGGGAAGAUUCUCACAAAUAAAGGCAACUUGCAAGAAGAGGAAGGCCUUGCUGAAGACAUGUCAACGGAGUUCUAUAUUUAUACUGACUUUUUAAGGAUUGUCCUUGAAAUCUUAAAUGAGAUUUUGACGUAUGCACUGCCUCGGAAUCCUGAGGUUGUAUAUGCCAUAAUGCACAGGCAGGAAGUCUUUCAGCCAUUUAAGAAUCAUCCCCGGUUUAAUGAGCUUCUCGAAAAUAUUUACACAGUAUUAGAUUUUUUCAAUAGCCGUAUGGAUGCGCAGAGAGUGGAUGGUGAAUGGUCAGUGGAGAAAGUUCUUCAAGUAAUUAUUAAUAAUUGUCGAUCUUGGCGUGGUGAAGGGAUGAAGAUGUUCACCCAAUUACGCUUCACAUAUGAGCAAGAAAGUCAAUCUGAGGAGUUUUUCAUUCCGUAUGUGUGGCGGCUAGUUCUACCUCGCUGUGGAUUCAGUUUUGAUCCCAGUGCAAUCACUUUGUUUCCAGUGGAUCUCUCUGGAGAACUGCCGAGAGAAAGCAACGCGGAAGAUGCUAACAAGCCUCAAGUUGGGGAGCUGAAGGUGAAUGUGAUCGAUCUCGAACCCUAGCAGAUUCCCUACAAGUACAAACUAAAGCCACUGCUGAUCCGCACAGGUCCUUUAAUCUAUAUACAUAGAAUGUGUACAUACAGAAAAUAGUAACCUGUAUUCUUGUCAUUCUUUUCUGUUCAUAUGUCUGAGAUACUGUAGAGCCGAGCUUCCGUAGGUCGUGAACGAGAGAGAUAUAUACCUUAUGUAAUGAAUAAGCAAGGACGCUUGAAUCCUAAUUCUUUGUAUAAUUUUCCACGGGAGAAAUAUGAUGAUAUCCCUUCUGUUUC